AUGGGUAGGCAGCCUCUGAAGGAGGGCGGCGGUCGCAAGGAGCGGAAGAAUGUGCGCACGUCCACGACUUUCGAGACGCGGCUUGCGGUGAUCAAGCACUUCGAGGAGAGCGGCGACAUGGCGGCCACCGUCGAGCGCUUCUUCCCGGCGCUGAGCGUGCAGGCCAAGCGCAGCAAGAAGCGCGUCGUCUACGGCUGGAUUAAGGACCGCGAGAAAAUCGAGAAGGCCUGCGACUCGGUGGGCACCGCCAAGGCGCAUCGCCUGCGGAAGUCUGGCGUCGGUCUCACGCUUAGCGACGACGCCGAGAAGUGCAUCGUGGUGUGGCUGCGCUCGAUGCAGAAGAUGGGGGUGCCCGUGACGGGCACCAUGCUGUCCGAGCACGCGCUGGAUGUAGCCAAGGAGCUGGGCAUCGACAGCGCGCUCUUCACGGCGUCUGUUACCUGGAGGAAGAGCUUCCUCAAGAGACACAACUUGGUCAUGUAG